ACGGGACAGUUGCUUUCUUCAUUGAAUAAUCUAAAUAAUUAAUACGAAGUGGUGUUUUGUGGUUAAUGAUCGCAUUAAGUUAGUCGGAAGACAUUCGCGAGUGUUAUUAUAUUGGAGUAUUCAAUAAACAAAGUGUAUCUGCCUAUUUUCUCUUCGUGUCAGGAAGCCGCUUCAUAACUCAAAAGUUUAUGCGGACUUUUGAGUUAAUUCGUUUGGGGUUCGGAGUAGGAGUCUACUCCGAGGGUGGGGGCUUAGGUUUCAUCAUCAUCACCUUUCAUCAUUUCAUUAAUCAUCAAGAAAAAAAAUACGUCAGACAUGGCUGUAUGGGCAUAGUUCCCUUUGCCUUACCCUUCGGGGAAAACCAAACCAAAAAAAAAAAAAAAUCAGUUAAUCAGCUGUUCUGCCUUAGCAGGUUUUGUACAUAACUUAUUAAAAAACAUGAAAAUGAGUUCGAAUUUGCAGUUUAUGUUAAACAUAAUAUUUUAUUUCGUUUGGUCCUACCCUAAGCUUUGAUUUAUAAUGGGAGGUAUGAAAAGCAGUCAACCUAUCUGCCUUCUAUGUACACAAAACACAAAGCUCAGUUACAUAUAUGAUACAUUAUAUUUGUAUUCCUUGGUCCUAUAGUAAAAGUUACAAGCCGAACUCAAUCAUGAGAGGGUUAAGGCAUCAGUUGCUUUGUAGACUGACAUCUAGUUGGAUUAAAUACUUAAAGCGAAGGUCAACUGUGGGGUUGUUCUGUAUUUUUCUUCUUCUGAUACUGAUGAGAUGGAAGCUACUCUGCUCAAACAUGCAGCCUCUACAGCACAUACAGAAUGUGUGUAACAGCUACACAAGUGGUAACUCAGUGGGAAACCUGUGUGGAGAUCUGUGUCAAGCAAGUGGAGUGCCUUCCCUCUCCUGCCACAACUUCUACCAGGAAAAGGAAGCCGUCUUCUCUGGAGCCUGGGGGAACACCAGUGUGGUAUUCAAGUCAGCAAAAAGAUCCAAUGAUGGCGAUCUCCUGUACUGGUUAGAUGCUUCCAAAAAGAGAAUAUAUCCCACUGAGGAUGAUUUCUCAAAUAUGAUCAAGAAUCAAAUAAAAUCAAAGUUUAAUAUUGUGAUCAAUGAAAUUGAUGCACAUAAAAUGUCCUAUGUUGUAAACAGUGCUAAAUGGCCAAACAGACAUACUGAAAUGGAAAAUGUGUGGUCACUCAUGCAAGAUAAUGAAUACCUUGCAUUGGUUCUGUAUGACAAGUUUGCUGUAUUCCCUAAACUAGUAGGCAGUUGUGGUACCCUGUACGCUGUGCAAAAAUUAAAUUCCAUAUCUGGUUUCUGGCAUCUGAUGACUAUGUACGAUAGCCAAGAAGAGUGGUUAAAAAGAAUUAGAAUAGCAAUUCUGAUAUUAGACUUUUUGAUGCACUUAGAAAGUGGUCUUCCUGAGCCAGUGCUUAUUUGUAAUGUCAAAAUGAACCACUUUGGCGUGACUGACGACUUUAAGAGAAUAAUGUAUCUAGAUUUAGAUUCAGUCCAUCCCCUAAGUAUAGCUAAUAGGAUGACGGGCGAUAGUUCUCAAUGUAAGCGACACAGUGAUUGUGAUUAUUUGAAUUGUCGGUCCUUUUGUAACUUGAUUAGUAGGAGGUGUGAGCAUGGGGUGGCGAAUAACAAUCUGCAGAUAGUGUGUGAGAGAAUAUUCCUAGGGUGGGUGAUGUCGGGGCGGGUGAUGGUCCCGGGGCUGCUGCUGGGCCCGCGCGCGCCGCGCGUGCUCGUCGAGCUGCUCGAGCUGUGCGCCAACCCCGCCAACGAGCGCGGUACACCUCGCUCGCCCGCCACUAAAGAAAUACGAAAGAGGCUGUACGAUCUACUUGUCCACAUGACAUAUUAGUACACACGUCUGUGAUAAUUUUGCUCCUUACACGAUUUCUAGUCAUUAGUGUGUAGGUAGGAUGUUAUAAACAAUUACAACGUUUCAGCUUUAAUAUUUUUGUGAUGUUCUUUUUUAUUAUUUUAGGCCUAAGCUUUUAUUAUUAUUAUAAUCCAUACUGUUUACAUAUUUUAUUUUAUAUAAUUGUAUCAGUUAAACAUGUAUCACCACUAGAUGGCGUUAGUAGCACUAUACACAUUUUCCUAAAAUUUUACUCAAUAUCCUGUCUUCUAUCUAAAAAACAAUAAAUAAAUGAAAAACUAUUAUAAUAUUAA